UUAUAGCUCAGUUGGGUACACAUUUCUGCACUGAUGAAUCUUUCUGCAGAGAGCCACAGCAUUCCUCUGAGCGAUGGCAACCAAAUCCCACUUCUGGGAUUGGGAACCUACGGAGACCCUCGAAAGACACCGAAAGGCACGACAGUUGAGUGUGUGAAGCUGGCCAUAGACGUCGGCUACAGGCACUUUGAUGGGGCGCUGGUGUAUUACAAUGAGCAUGAGGUGGGCCAAGCCAUCAACGAGAAGAUCGCUGAUGGCACUGUUAGAAGGGAGGACAUAUUUUACUGCGGCAAGCUCUGGAAUACCUUCCAUCCUCCUGAGCUGGUGAGACCUGCUUUGGAAAGGACACUGCAAACACUAAAAAUGGACUACGUGGAUCUCUACAUCGUGGAGCUUCCCUUGGCCUUCAAGCCUGGCAAGGAAUUUUAUCCUAGAGACGAGAAUGGGAAAUAUAUCUACCACCACACUGAUCUCUGUGCAACAUGGGAAGCUUUGGAGGCUUGCAAAGACGCCGGGCUGGUGAAGUCUCUGGGAGUUUCCAACUUCAACCGCAGACAGCUGGAGCUGCUGCUGAAAAAACCUGGCCUCAAACACAAACCUGUCUCCAACCAGAUUGAAUGCCAUCCAUAUUUCACCCAACCGAAGCUCCUGGAGUACUGCCGUCAAAAUGACAUUGUUGUCGUUGGCUACUGUCCUCUUGGUUCCUCCAGAGAUGCUUCUUGGGUAAAUCUGACGUGUCCUCCUCUGCUGGAGGACGAGCUGCUGGUGUCUAUUGGGAAAAAGUACAACAAGAGCAGCGCUCAGGUGGCGCUGCGCUUCAAUGUUCAGAGAGGAGUGGUGGUGAUUCCAAAGAGCUUCAGCCCUGAGCGUAUCAAGCAUAACUUUCAGAUAUUUGAUUUUUCCCUCACGGAGGAAGAGAUGAAGGCCAUUGAAGCAUUGAAUAAGAACAUCCGCUUCGUUGAGCUGCUCAUGUGGAGCGAUCAUCCAGAGUACCCCUUCCAUGAAGAAUACUGAGCUUUUUCAGUCUUCCUUUGCUGUGUAUUUUUGUCAAAUGGAAAAAUUCUUACUAAUAAAACGCUAAACGCCUUGA